AUGAUGGACUUUGAGGAUGGUUCGCGCUAUUCCUUUUCGGCCUCAGACGAGUGCCAGGUGACACCGGUCAUUCACGUGCUCCAGUACCCGGGCUGCGUGCCGAAGCCGAUUCCGUCCUUCGCGUGUAUCGGCCGCUGUGCCAGCUACAUCCAGGUGUCCGGAAGCAAGAUUUGGCAGAUGGAGCGCUCGUGCAUGUGCUGCCAGGAGUCGGGCGAACGGGAAGCGUCCGUGUCGCUCUUCUGUCCGAAGGCGAAGAACGGCGAGAAAAAGUUCCGAAAAGUAUGCCAAACCCCAAGUAUGCCCCAAGCCAAAAAUGUGCUCUCGUCGUCGUCCCUAACACUAAACCUCGCACGGAGCGAGCCUUGGGUGGGAUAG